GUUUUCGGAGGCAGAAGGAGAAGCAUGGGGUGGCGGCUGCCCGUCUUGCUGGCGUUCCUCCUGGCGGGGCCAGCGCUAGGGAACGAGGGCGCAGCUGCUGGGACUUGUGGCUCCUGCCAGAAACACGCCAAAAAGCAGGGGAAAUUAAGCAAAUACCCUGGGCGGAUGAAAAACUGGGAAACCUGCAUGGACUUAGUCAAGUUCACGUUCCCCCAAGGAGACUGUUACCUGGGCUUAAAGAGCAGCGACUGGGUCCAAGCGCUGAUGAAAGAAUUCCCUGAAAAAGAAAAGGGUGUUGUGAUGCUGAGCCCAAGUCCUGCGCCUCCCAAGCUGGCCCUCACCUCUGCACCCAAGCCCUCCACCUCCCAAGCCCCCCUCUCAGCUCAGUCCCCCACGGUCUCGCUGGGGGUCCUUGAUGAGACCUCAGUGGGGGUCCUCGACGAGACCCCUGCCAUGCAUCCAGCUCCAGAGGUCCCCAAGGAUGCAACACAGCCCCCCAUGUCAACCAGAAGUGCUGCGCCCCUCGGCCACGAUCCCCGGGCAGCCGGGCCCGCUAGCCAGGCCCCCCAGACGGCAGAAAGGGGGGUCUCACCAGCAGUCGUGCUUUCUUUGCUGGCUGUCACCCUGGUUGCCGUGGCCAUUGCCACCAUCGUGGUGUGCCGCAGGAGACACCGGCAGCGGCGGGCAACCCUCGCUCCUCUCAGAGACCCAGAGGAGCAAAUACACCUGCCGCAUCAUCGUGAGGAGACCUGAAGGCAGCCUGGCGGCCGCUGGAGUAAGCAAAAAGCGGAUUUUGCCAGAAUUUCCAGCAAGUCUGCUGCAUCACUUUGUUCCAAGAGUUGCGGGGGGCCAUGAAAGGACUUUGAGCCAAGGGGGGAGAGUGGGAAAUGUAGAUACUGGAAUCCCGUUGUGUGCAAAAGGUGUCCCUUGAAAAUCUCUCUCUUGUUCUUAAAAGGCUUUUUGGGGGGGUGUCUGGCAGCCAAACCCCCAAAGCUGCCCCCCAUUUGCACUUUACCCCGUGUGACUUUCCCUCUGCCCCCUUAUUUUUGUACAGAAGCAUAGAAACUGUAGAGUUGGGAGGGACCCUGGGGGUCAUCUAGUCCAACCCCCUGCAAUUCAAGAAUCUUCACUACAGUAUCCAUGACAGAUGUCCACCUAACCUCUGGCUAAAAGCCUCCGAGGAGGGAGUGUCCACCAUCUCCUGAGGGAGACCAUUUCUCUGUUGAACAGCUCUUGCUGUCAGAAAGUUCUUCCUGAGGUUUAGUGGGACUCUCCUUUCUUGCAACUUGAAGCCAUGAGUUCGAGUCCUACCCUCCAGAGCAGGAGAAAGCCAGCUUGCUCCACCUUCCAUGUCUCCUCUCAGCCUCGACCUUCCGAGGGCCAGAAGACCAAAUGAUAUGUCAUAAGAAUAUGUAAAUAGAAAUGGUUAAAAAAAUAAAUAAUUUUGCACAAA